AUGCCUAUGAAUCUCGAAGGAAGCUGCCAAUGCGGCGGCGUCGAAUUUACCCUGCAAUCCCAUACACCAGUUCCUUACCAGCUAUGCGCGUGCAGCAUCUGCCGCAAAGUAGGCGGAUACCUCGGUGCGGUGAACCUCGGCGGCAUCGCCGAUAGCCUGAAUAUCAUCAAGGGCAAAGAUCUGAUCAAGAAAUACUCUGGGAUCAAAGAUCGCGGCACACCGGACGAGAAGCUUUGCUCCUCCGAGCGGAACUUCUGCUCGAAUUGCAGUUCCAUGCUGUGGCUUUGGGACCACCACUGGCCUGAACUGAUUCAUCCGUUUGCCUCCGCAAUCGAUACCGAGUUGCCGGUGCCCGACGAGAUGGUGUGCAUCAUGGAUGGAUCGAAGCCGGCGUGGGCGCGGUGGCCAGAGGGAAAGAAGAGUGUGCACGAUGUGUACGGUGAAGAUAGUCUUGAGCAAUGGCACAAGAAGCAUGGUUUGUUUUUCGAGUAG